GCCGGUCGCAACCGCGAAUUAUCCAUAGUCGUGCGUCGGCAGCCGACGGAGAAGGACGGUGUGGGGCGUAUCGGGACGCUGCAUAGUCGUUCGCAACUGUAAAGGUUAAAUGGUAAUCUAAAUCGACCAUGUACAACCUGAAUCUGAACGUGAACCCUAGUCCGACGGCUGCCGCGGGUCUUCUCGGUGUCGCGGCGGCCGAGGUCACACCAAGGACACCGGAAAUCGUAAACUCCCUAAUCGCCAUGACCAAUCCCUUCGAGGGUUACACGAACGAGAGGAGCAGGGACCGUACGGAUUCGACUAGUAGCGGUGAGCCGAGCCCACCGAGCGUUCAGCACACCUGUAGUCAGCUCAUUAAAGAAGGAUUGAAGUUGACGCUGCAAACAAAAAGGAGAGCCAACGGGACCGGGGACGAUACGAAAAAGAAGACAAAGAAGGAAGACGGGAGCGCAGACGACGAGGAAGAGGAGGAAGCGAGCAACAACAACAACCGCGGUGGACUAACGCCAGAGGACGAGGAAAGGCGCCGAAGGAGACGCGAGAGGAACAAGAUAGCCGCUACCAAAUGUCGAUUGAAGAAACGCGAGAAGACAGUGACCUUGGUGCAGGAAUCAGAGAUCCUCGAAACGCAGAACCACGACCUGAAGUCGCAGAUUCAGGAGCUGGAAACGCAGAGGCGCAGGCUAGUAGACAUGUUGAGUCUCCAUGGACCAACUUGCUUGAAGCAAGGUGGCACAGAUACCUCGUACCAACAGUUUGCAGAACCUUUGCAGCUGCCCAGUUACCAGGAGAACUUUGUGCAGCCUCCACCAGCAUUGAAUCAGCCUCAAAACUGUGUGACAGAAUAUCCGGUAAAGGUGGAAGAGUACGAGGGUGACUUUUAUCGACAAGAAAGUCCCUUCGUGCCGACUUCAAACGCUGGUUGUACGGUUUAGUAGCUUUAUCGACGUUCUAAAAACGUCUACCGCGCCAUUUUCAGGAGUAGUCCUUGUGAAGAUUCGGUUUACCGGUUGACGAAUAUGGUACGUUGUUCGGUUAAGAAUCUAGGAUCGUCUAACGAUGAAAGAACAGUCGUAUGCAUUCCAAGAAGACGCAAGAAAGCGGAAAUACCUGUGUCGGUUAGUGGAAACGUCGUCUGGAAGACGAUAUAGAAGUUUUGAACGAGAUUUUGAGAUUAUUCUGGGUCCUUUUGCAUCCUACUGAACUAGUAUCAUUAGAAGGAUAUUAAAAGUCACAAGUCACAAAUUAUCAAUACCAAAAUUGCUUUCCAUCUGUAAUUUAUAAAGAAAAUUUUAUAAAUUAGAGAUUAUUCGAUUAUUUUAUUUGCGGAAAAAAUUGUAAAAUUAUAAAGAAGAAAUCUGUAACUGUAACUUAUCAUUUGUCAUUUCAUUAGUCGUCGAUAUUAUUAGUUAGUAGAUUAUUACAAGAAACGACCCCGAUCUCUUUCUUAGUACUUCCGGUAGACCGAAUCUUCUGGAUCUCCCUUCUCUGUUAAUCGCAAGUCUGUAGUUCGUAAGUUGAUUACUGUAAUAACGGUGCGCUCCUGUCUUCUCCUUUCACCCUGUUUUCUUCUUCUUUCUUUUUUUAAUAUGUCCCUUUAUACUCGAAGCGUUCGAUGGAGAACGCUUGAAGACAUUCCUUGAAAGUAACCCUUUCUUGAAAAUAAGUAACCGAUUCCUUGAACAUAAGUACUGUGACAUUCUAAGGUAUAAUUAAUGUAAUCGAUAAAUGUAAGGUAGAAACGAAUCACCUUUGCGAUACCCGAUUCAUUAAUAUCGAUAUAUUUGUAUCGAACGUUAUACAAGGAGAGACUAUAAAUUCUUAUUUUAUUCUUUACCGUAUUGUAUGAUUGUUUUCUAAACAAACAUAUUUGCGGAUUAUGAACAUGAUAUAGUAAAAACGAUUGAGCGUCGCAAAGGUGUUUCGUUGCUUUAGGUAAGAAUCGAGAAUUUCUUCUACAAAUGGUAGUUCGCGUCAAGUGCCGUUAUUUUUUACGCGACAUCUCGAUUCACCAGUGAGAACAGAAAAGUAUAAUUUGUAACUCAGCAUAAAAUAAGUCCUCUGAUAUUGAUUACGACUAUCUCACGUGCAUUGGGACGCGACUACGAGACGCGUUCUCAAAGGAUACUUAUAAUUAUACGAAUAAUCGAAAACGAUAUAUUUAAUACUGUAAAACGUGCAUAUUUUAUACAGUUUACGUAUGUUAUUGUAUUUACACUCGCAGACACGCACAUGUCAAAUACGUAUACGUCAUUAACAGUUAACGAGAACACGAUAUACAUGACGAUUAAUGACAAUGACCGAACGACAUACCUCAAUUUCGUGGGUAGUUACCCUCCCUCAGUGCGUUUGCGUGGAAAAAUUUGUUACAACCUAAUUUUCUUUUAUAUUACAACUCUGAUCGUUCAUAAUCGUUAAAAUUUUUAAUACACGAAUGUAUAUGUAAUAGUGACAAGGAGGAAUGCCAAAGAACCAUCAAAAAUAUCGAUCAGAGAAUAUUUUUGUUUCUUUAUAACAAGAUUAUCGGUGGAAAGAAAUUAGUAAACGCACUCUGGGCUACGCUUACGCGUUCUUGCAAUGUACGGAAGCUAGUUUAAUUCUUAGCCGAAAGCUACUUUAAAAUAGUGAAACGCUUUUUCGUGUCCACGGACUAAAAGAUGCUUUUCAUUCAUUCGGAAUGUUACCGCCGAUUGAUCUAACGAAAGAGAAGAUUUUCCUUGCACUUCGUAAAACGGAAGUGAGACAAAGUCUUCCUCUUGUUCUUCUUUCACGAGAUUAAGAAAAAAGCGUCCACGAGCAUUAAGAAUGAUUUCUUUUUUUUUUACGCGUAGGACGAACACGUAACAGUCACACGUGUGGUGCUACAUAUAUAUAUAUAUAGAUAUUAUAUAUAUUUGCUUUUUAUAUAAAUUUUAUUAAGUUGCCCGAAAAGAGUAUUUAAUAGUUUAAUACACAUGUUAAGCGUAUAUUAUCGAUGUCUAUUUACUAAUGCAGAGUUCUGAAAGUAAUAGUAUAUCAGAUAUAUUGAAACAGAGUUUAUAUUUAUAUACGAGAUUUUUCUAUCGUUGACACAUUUAGAAAAGAAUCCGAAAAUAGUCGAAAUAAUUAUUAUUAAUAUGCUAAAAAUGCACAAUUGAUUUUAAUAUGCAGGCUGUUCGAAAGUAUUGCAUUUUAUUUUAAACGAAAAAUAUUCCGAUGUUUACGGAAUAUACAUAUACACAUACAUUUGUCAAAAAAUCACGGACAAAAUUGACGAUUCUUUAAAAUAAAAUAUAGAGUGUAUUUUCAUAUAAUUACGUUUGCUAUCCAAUAUAUACUGCCAUUAUUAAAAUCCCAGAUACAGUCGCUUAUAGUAUCUGGCCUAUAGGUUGGUUGUCUUCUUAUUAGUAAAGUAUAUUAAAAACGAAGUCUUUCUAGAGGAUAAGUGCAGAAUAACUUUAAUAACCAAUAGCAAACAGUAUAUAGGAUUUUAUUCAUUGUAACAAAAUCGUACUAUUGUCUUUUUAUUACUGAGUACCUGGCCGUGGUUUUCCAUGCGACAGCUAUUUUUUCUUAGGAGAAAUGCAUUGAAUUGAAACUAGAAAAAUGGCUGACAAAAUCUUAUCGUUGUAACCCAUGAGGGAAAAUUUUAUUCUUCAAAUAAAAGUGCCUUCGAUACUAA